UUUGACUUAUCAGUAUUGUACAGUGACAUACGGAUGCCCGUGUGGCCACAUUAUUGUGAGCGGCUUGAUAUGGACUCGUAGAGAAAUGCAACGUCCUGCCCUUUUACAUCUUGAAUAGUGGGAGUCAUGAACCGCUGCAAGGUGACGCGUCCUCUGAUUUCAACCGAAACUUCAACCUAAGCCACGCCGUGUUAUUUAUCACCCCCCCUCCCCUCCUCCUCCUCCUUUUUCUUUCUCCGUCCGUCAAAAAAAAAACAAGAAAAAACCUGCACCAGCUACCAGCUCCUUUUUCCUUUUUUGCCCCCCUUUAAUCAAACAGGACGGGGGAGAUCGGGACCCAUCUUGCGCAGUGGUAACGUUAACAGCGAGUGGCGGCGGCGGCGGCGGCGGAGGAGGCGGCCACUACUCCGGGGAAUGUAGACUGGCCGUCAGUCCUGACAUCGGCCUCUUCUGUCUCAGACACACCAGCCAAAUGGGGUCCAUGUGUGGUCAGUGAAGCGUCCUGGAGAGCAACAUGGCAGUAUGUCAGUUGAGCGUCUGGGUGAGAUGAGUGUUGCCUGUAAGCAAUGUGAGCUCCACUGACAGGCACAACUAUUCUCCAUACCAGACCUCCACCUCAAUCACCAGCCAAUCAAAUGCACCCAGACAAUAAACUAGCCAAUCAUGGCAAGCAGGUCACCGGUGACAGCCGAUCUCAAAUAGCCAGUGUAAACCAGCAGGCUCAGCAGCAGCAGGGCGCUGCUGGUCACCUGGGUCCAAAGGGCAUAAGUGCUGGCAGCCAUGGAGUCAAAACCAACCAGAUUUCUCCCGGCAACCCUGGGCUGAAAGCUGUCAGCCAAUCAGUGAGCGGCAUCGGAGGGAUGCUGAAAACCAAAUCGAAGCGGGAGCGGAGUGUCUCCAUUGACUCUGGUGAUUCAAGAAAUGCCAUUCCUCCAGCCCUGGAGACAGAUGCCAAAGGAGAGGGUGUUAUGCGGAGUAAGCGGCGCUGUGUUCUGGAGAAGAAACAGCCAUAUAGUGGGGGUGAAUGGUGCUCUGGACCUGACACGGAGGAAGAUGAAGACAAGCCACACACUGCAACCCACCGGGAGCCAGGGCUUGCAGGUCCUGUCCAAGGGCUUCCUGAUCGCCUGUCCGCAGGGCCCAUGUCUGAACCUGUGGGUCCUGUACUGAGUUGUGGAGUGGGAUCAGGGUUAAAGGCAGAGCCACCUCAGUCUUCACAGCAAGUGGUGUAUGUUUUCACAACCAGCCUAGCCAACAGUGCUGCAGAGGCGGUGUUGAAAGGACAGUCUGAUUCCAUCCUUCUGUUUCACCAGCAAAAUGUUCCAUGCAACAAGUUGGAGCAGGUCAGACAUUUACAGGGCCACCCAUCAGGGAAGCUUCCUAAUCUAUCUGAGAAGGUGAACUCCAGCAGCUCUCCACACACAGGCACCCCUAAAUCCCAAAGUGGAACUCCUCAGCCAUCCUCUGCAGGAGUUGGAGGCCCUUUGCAUCCUGCAGGAACACCAUCAUCAGCUGGACACUCAGAUAAUGAAUCUUCUCAGAUUAGACCUGGUGGAGCGUCCAGCAAUAACAGCAUUGCCCAUAGAUCAGAAGGAGGGAGCACACCCACACCUGCAGGCCCAGUCCUAGGAAAUGGGGAUGGGGAGGGUGGAGGGGGUAUGUCCCUUCCUGUUGCUACUGUUUCUCCCUCAGGGAGUCCUUCCAUCCUAUCUGCACAUCUACAGAGUGAUACAGGCCAGAGGAGUGGCCCAGGGAACACAGAUGGUCUAUCCAAAGAGCAGCUGGAACACAGAGAGCGUUCUUUGCAGACGCUAAGAGACAUAGAGAGGCUGCUUCUACGCAGUGGAGCAAGUGGAGGCCUUGCAGACACAGGAGGCUCUAACAACAAUCCUACUAAUAAUCCCUCCAACCUAAAUAAUAACAACAAUACUGACAGGAGUGCUAUUCUUGAGGAUAGUGAGAAUGGCACUAAUAACCCUGGAAAUUGCAGUAGUGGUAAUAUGGUGUCGUCAGCCUUGACUCCAAUGGGAGCAAUGAAGAAAUAUGAAGAACCCCUCCAGUCCAUAAUUUCUCAAACACAAUCUCUUGGUGGACCUGCCCUUGAAAGCCCUCAAAUGGACACUCAUCAUAACCUACCACAACACCAACAUCACCAGCUGUCUUCACCUGGGAUUGACAUGGGUCCCUUACUUGGACCAGAAGGACUGACCCCAGAGCAAAUAGCAUGGAGGAAACUUCAAGAAGAGUACUACCAAGAGAAGAGACGACAACAGGAAAUGCAACCCACCACACAUCCCCAGCACUUUAGAAUGAUGACUGAAAUGGGCAUGCAUGGGGGUCCCGUGAUGAUGAGAGGACCCCCUCCUCCCUACCACAGCAAGUCUGGAGACCAGCCGUGGGGUCCUGGCAAUAUGAUGGGAGGAGGAAUGGGUGGAAACGCACGAAUUAUGGACAUGCACCAGGAGGGACCUCGUGGUCCUAGAUUCAUAGGACAGAUGCAGAGAGGUCCACCAGGGGGAGGGGGAUUUCCUGGUAGUCCAGGGGGAGUUUUAUCCAUUGAGGGUCUAGGACCCCAAAGGCCCACUAGGCCAGGGAUGAUUUGGUUAGAUGAUAUGCCCAACAACAUGGGUGGUGGGGGUCCCUUUCAUGGGUGCUACCCAGGUGGACCUCCUCAGCACUUGCAGGGUGACCCAGAACAUCUCUUGACACGUGAGGAAAUGUUUCACAUCAUGGAAAAACGGCAGAUGCAGGGACUUACUAGGUUUGAACUUGAUCGAUUAGCUAAACAGCAGCAACAGGGCAACCUGGGCUCAAGAAUGACAGAUAAUCCUGGGGUUCCUGACUUCCCCAAUUUGGGAAUGAGCCGGGGUCCUCCCUCCACGCGAGGUGAUUCUAUGGACUUUCCUGGCUCACGGGACACUAUGGGCUCUCCUGGAGGGGGUCCUCAGAUGAGAGACUUGGUGGAUUCUCCUCUAGGGAGCAACCUUUCUAUGAAUAUGAACCCACAGAUGAAUGUCCAACAACAGCAUAUGAUUCUAUCUCAGAAACUCCGAGGAGGUCCUGCAGGAGGGGGGCAUUUAGGUGAAAUGUUUAGCCCUGGAGAGAUUUCACGAAUCAGAGCUUCACAAAAUGGAAGAGGAAAUAAGGGAAUGAUCCCAGGACCAGAUGGUCACUUUCAGUUUCCCAAUCAAGGUCCUUUCCCUGGAGGACAGGUUGAAGGAGCCUAUCUUCAACAACCUGGCCCUGAGAUGUUUGGGCCUGACCAGCAGGGUUCUAAUCAAAUGGGUACAUCACGACUUAGUCAUAUGCCAAUCACUGGAGGCCUGAGGGGAGCAGAUCUUGGUCCUAGGCACCCCUCUGACCUAUCAAUCAAUGUUCACCCACUGAACUCUCCUGCAGUGCCUCUUCCCCGUCAGCUUAAAUCUCCAUCCCUCAACCAAGAGCCUUCACCUCUUUUACCUUCUCCCUCUGCUCCAGGACAGAAGUCUCCUUCUCAGAUCUCCUCUGCAGGGCAUCAUUCCGCUCUUCCCCCCGCGUCCGGUGCUGGGACUCCUUCCUCUUCUUCCAUGAAGUCUCCCCAGAUAAUGGGGUCUUCCAACCUUGGGUUGCACUCUCCGUCUGCCUCUCCUGGACGACUCAAGUCCCCUGCCAUGGCUGUGGCCUCUCCAGGGUGGCCGUCUCCUAAAACAGCACUUCCAAGUCCGGGUGGUCCAACAAGUGGGAGAGUAGUGGGCAACGGAGGAAGUAAUUCCACUGAGACAGGCCAAUCUCUUCCCCCCAGGAGUUCCAACUCUACCCCCAUUAGCCAGCCAGGCUCUAUGAAUCCUAGUAUGCCAUUUACUUCAUCCCCUGAUGCCCCUCCAUCACAGAAUCCUUUGUCUCUCAUCAUGUCUCAGAUGUCCAAGUAUGCCAUGCCUAGUUCCACUCCUCUCUAUCAUGAUGCAAUCAAAACAAUUGCUACUUCUGAUGAUGAGAUGCUGCCAGAUCGACCUCUUUUAUCUGGUGUCAGCAUUGGAGGAAACAUGGGGAACCCGCAGACCUCUCAGAUGCUUGUCUCCCAGAGCUCCAUUGGGCCCCACAGUGAUCCACAAAGCCCCAUGGGUAUUGUAAGCCAAGGUCAGCAGCACCUGUCGCAUGAUGCCUCAGGACCUGUGCUUUCUUCCCCAAACCAAAUGGGUAUGCCUGCCAUGAAUUCUGCCAUGAUGGGAGGAGGAGCACCUGACGGACUGGGGCCCUGCAAUGUUUCACCCAUAUCUCAGAACCAGAUGGCAGGUUUUCCCCGCAUGCAGCCACCAUCUCAUGGGCCCAUGCACUCACCAAUUGGAGGAAUGUCGCAGAAUUUCUCUCAGACUAAUGAGGCUAUUCUGCCACCUCAGCAGUUACACCUGUUGAGCAAAGGCCAUCCUCACCAACGCCCUUCUCACCCCUCGGAGUCAUUCACCUCUUUGCCCAUGGGGGAUGGACCGGACCUAAGUGAAGUUAUACGGCCGACUCACACAGGGAUCCCUGAGUUUGACCUCUCCCGUAUCAUUCCUUCUGAUAAACCCAGUAGCACUCUUCAGUACUUCCCUAAGAGUGAGCCACAUCAGAAUCCACAUCAGGGGCCACCAUCCCAGCAACCUACUCCACAGCAGCUCCUCAAGCAGCUGUCUUCUUCUGGCCCUCCACACAACACCGGCCCUUCAUCCAACCCCCACAUAGCAAACCUUCAGAACAUGAUGGCUGAACAGCAGUUGCCACCUCACCCCUCACAUGGUGGAAUACGUCAAAGCAUGGGUAUUCUUCAGGGGAGCUCUAGGGGAAUGAUUUCCAGUGGAGGCAUGGGCCCAAUGUGCCCCCCUGGGCAUAUGAUGGGAAGGAUAGGCAUGGGGCCGCAGCAGCAACUCCAGCAACAGCAAGCCAUGAUGGCCAACAGUCUUCUUCACCAUCCCUCUAAUCCAUACCCUGGCAUGAUGUCAUCCCAGCAGCACCCACACAAUCUGAUGGCACAGCAAAACAUUAUGAUGAUGCAGGCUAAGCAGCGAAGCAUGUCAAUUCCAGGGGAUCCCUUUGGCCCCCAGGGUCCUCUAAUGUCCCCUCAGGGACCGAUGAUGGCCCCUCCCCACCCACAGUCUGGUAUGAUGGGGCCCCAGUCUCUCAGACAGCGGGGAAUGUCUCUGGACAGUCCCAUUGGCUAUGGCCCUGGAGGUAUGGCCAAUAUGCCAUUUUGAUCCAGCCCAUAAAAACUGUCAUGAAAAGAAAAAAAAAGGUUACCUACCCAUUGUGUCGAUUUUUUUUCAUCAUUACUCUUGCAGUUGUUUGAAAAAAGGAAUUGUAAAAACAAAAAAAAACAGUGAUAAUCUUCAUAUUUUGGAUUACAACUGAUUAGAAAAUUGAAUAUUUAAAAGCACUGUAACACAGUUCAAUAACAAAUCUGAAGCCAUUUUCUAAAAUACUGUAAAAUAUGUAUAUUUCAAAGAUGUGUGUAUUUGUUUUGGGAACAGAGUGGCGUUCAAAAGAGGAGUGCCUCAAAUUUCUCUUUGUUUUAAUAUCAUUGAUUUAUUUUCUUCAACUACCAAACUGUUGUGCAAAAGGAUAUAACACAAUUAUAUGUGUAUAUAAUAUAUACCUGCUGUAUAUAAGAAGCCAUUUGUGAUUGUUUGCAGUUCUGUAUAACAGUGUUUUACUAGAAGUCUAAAAAUAGAAUAAUACUGAUCUCUAAGGUGGUCUUAGUUUUGUUUAUUGUGUUGUCAUUUGAUAACAUGGACAAGGGGACACAGUUGCUUUAAAACAUUUCAAUUUUUAUUCACUUCACAAAGACCAGUACUUGCAAGCAAAAACAGUUUUUGCCCAACAAUCUCAUUUGUUUUUAAUUGGGUAAAUAAAUCAUAUUUUAAAUGCAAUCAAAAAAGCAGUCGCUACUAUAUUGUCAGAGUAUUUGAUAACAUUGAAACACUUUCCAUCAUAACAAGUGAAAUACUGUAGAAGACAACAGAACAGAAGCAUUUU